AUGAAGUACGUCCUUCUCUGCACAGCUCUUUUUCUGCUUUAUGGCUUUUCCGUCCCGAGCCCCAUCUUUCCAUCAAAACCCCGUAUGGAUCUGAAUGUUAUAAAGGAUUAUCUUGACAAGUUCUACCCAUCCCAUUCCCAUAUACUGCAAGAACAAUUGAAGGAAAUGCAGAAAUUCUUCCAUUUGACUGUAACUGGGAAGAUAGAUGCUGAAACAAGAAAGUUAAUGGAGCAGCCUCGGUGUGGAGUCCCAGAUGUGGCAGAAUUCCGAACAGCCCCACAAAUAUGGAACAAGAAAGCACUGACUUACAGGAUUAAUAAUUAUACUCCGGACCUGCCUAGAUUCAAAGUGGUUGAAAUCAUACAAAAGGCAUUCAAUGUAUGGAGUGAAGUGACCCCUUUGACGUUCCACAGAAUUUAUACACCUGCCGAUAUUGAAAUUUGGUUUGCAUAUUAUGCCCAUGGCGAUGAUAAGGCUUUUGAUGGAACAGGAGGAGUUUUGGCUCAUGCUUUUUAUCCUGCAUUUGGAGGAGAUGCCCACUUUGAUGAGAGCGAGCAUUGGUCAGAAGUCAACAGAGAAACUAACCUCUUCCUUGUUGCUGCACAUGAAUUUGGUCAUUCCUUGGGGCUGGAACACUCAUAUGACCCUGGUGCCUUGAUGUACUCAAUCUAUUCGUAUGCGGACCCAAACACCUUCCGUCUACCUGACGAUGAUAAGCAAAGGAUUCAGCGCUUAUACGGAAGGAGACAAUAA